CGGGCGCGGGCCCCCCGUGUCCUGUCCAGCAGAGACCCCCUUCCCAGCCCCCCAGCCCCGUGUCCUGUCCAGCAGAGACCCCCUUCCCCCAGCCCCGUGCUCUGGCUCCUCCUGCACCCCCUCCUCCUCCUCCUCCAGCUAAAGUGCAGAGCAAAGUCCGCGCGGCCUUGUCCGUCCCAACCUCGUCUCCGUCCCAACCUCGUCUCCGUCCCAACGUAUCUGCCUUCGUAGCAACCUCGUCUCUGUUUGAACCUCGUCUGCUUCAACCCCUUCUCAACCUCACAGACCUUGGCGCGCCAUGGCCCCGCGGAGACGCUGAGGUGCAGCUGCGGCACUUGAGGGACCCCCCCCCCCACGCUUCUGCUGCUGCUGCCGCUGCUGGUGCCGCUGGUGCCGCGAUGCACUUCUCCAUCCCCGACACGGAGGAGUGGGCGGGCGAGGCGGCGCGCUUCGUGACCUACAACAUCCACGUGAAUGGCGCGUUACACUGCCGCGUGCGCUACAGCCAAAUGCACGGCCUGCAUGAGCAGCUGAAGAGGUGUUCAGGAGGUGGAGUGGGGCAGAUGUUCCCACCCAAGCGACUACUGCCACUAAGCUCUGCCCAGGUGGAACAACGGAGAGAGCUGCUAGAACGCUACAUCCAGGCGGUGAGCCAGGACCCAGUGCUGGGCACCAGUGAGGUAUUCCACAGCUUCUUGAGGAAAGCUCAACAGGACACGCAGCAGGUGCCCUCGCAGGCGGUGCAGCUCCAGGUGCUGCUGGCCAAUGGGCAGAUGGUGUCUGUUCACGUGGAGAGCACUCAUCAAACCGACGACAUCCUUGAGGCGGUGGCUGCCAAGCUGGAGCUCCCAGAGGAGCUGGUCCAUUACUUUGCGCUGUUCCUGGUUCGUGACCGGGGAGGCGGAGCGUUCUCCUUCAUCCGCCGGCUGCAGGAGUUUGAGCUGCCCUACAUCUCUGUCACAAGCCUCCAGAGCUUGGACUAUAAAAUAGUUCUCCGGAAAAGCUAUUGGGACACGGCGUAUGAUGAUGACAUCAUGGAAAGCAUAGUGGGUCUGAACCUGCUAUACAUUCAGGCGGUGAGUGACGUGGAGAGAGGCUGGAUUGUGGCCAGCAAGGAGCAGCUCCAACAACUAAAGUCUCUGCAGGACAAGGGAUCUAAAAAGGAGUACAUCCAAUUUUCACAAACUCUCAAAUACUAUGGGUACCUGCAGUUUGACCCUUGCGUAACGGAUUUCCCGGAGAAAGGAUGCAAAGUGAUCGUUGCUGUGGGGAACAAGGAGUUGAACUUCCGCGUGCUCCUGUCAAGUGACCAGGCCAAGGAGGGGAGCUUCAAGGUCACGCGUAUGCGAUGUUGGCGAGUCGCUUCAUGCGUGACAACUGCUGCCCGGCACGGCGCACCCAGCCAGGUUGCUGCAUCCAAUGGGUUGGUCAGUGCCCCCCCUCUUUCCGCCACCCUUCGGGCCACCACCUCGCCAGCUGAAGUUCGACUUGAACUUGCCUUUGAGUAUCUCAUCACUAAGGACAAACUCCAGUGGAUCAGCAUCUCCAGCCAGCAGGCUAUUAUGAUGAGCAUCUGCUUACAGGGCAUGGUGGAUGAGCUCAUGAUUAAAAAGUCAGGAGGAAAGAUUCGCAAGAUGAAGAGAGGACGACUGAGCAGCCGGGCGGAGUUCUCGAACAAACAUUCUCCUCCUCAAACGUCCCCAGAAUCUGCAAAAGAACUCCCCACGGUCAGAGUGUCUAGCAAGUUGUCUUCUAUGUCGCUGCGUGGCCUUGCGUGCUCAGCCUCGGUUGGCGGGUUGGCAAGCAGAGGGAGCCAAGUGCGUGGAGGAAGUGGCGACGGCUACUUGGAAAAUGAUGCCUUUGAGGGGAUUGGGGAUGAUGACCUGUGAAGAGGCAUCGUCUCAAGCCUACGACGAUCAGGCAGAUCGGACAAGCUGGUUUCAAUGUUGAUAUGCCUGGGAUCACAUGCCGAAACCCACGUUUGCAUGAGAGCUUGCAAUAAGAUAUUUAAAAAUUAAUAUUUUUAUGACAUGUUUUAUAGGAGUGGGAACAUGACAUGAAUGUUCACAGGUCCCUGUAGAGUAUAUGAAAGUGUGUAUGUAAGCGAGAUGCAAGAAUGGCUUUGUGCCCUUCUGCUGCCGCUAAUUUUAAGCCUGAGGGGAUCAUUGAUAUAAUGUAUGUACGUAUUAAAGUACGUAUUAAAGAGUACAUAUUAAAGCCGGGCAACUUGAGAAUUGGGGGUUAUGAACAUCAACUCAGAAUUGCCAGAUCAUCGGGCUUCCAUCACUGCUUGAAAUGUCAGACCCCAACAAAGUUAUUGUGAGGUGCACGUGCUGUGUCUUCCAUUGGCAGAGGUGAGGUUUCUGUUCUUCCAAUGGCUGUGCAGUGCAAAGCAGUUGUAUGACUUGGCUGCUGGUUUUCAACUGAAAAAGAGCCCCCAUACAAUGUGGCUGGUAUUACAUCCCAAAACGAGGAUAUUACCUGGAUAAACGAGCGUCAAUAAAACAUCAUCUGGAUUGUCUGCAACGCAGUGCCGCGGCGUUGUUAGGUGUUGUGCUAAUCCUGGCUCUCACGGUGAGAAGAGUCGUGUCCCACUGACACUGCAGACGCGGUCACUGCCCAAUUCAUCUGGCAAGUACCUUUUGAGUAAAUCAAUAGUGGUUCUGACAGCCAUGAUGAAUCUCUGUAGAGAUAUCCAGUAGCUGAGACGCUAAGCUCGGAUACCCCAGUAAUGGUUCACAUGGCCCCUUAUUAGUUUCCUGAGAGAGAUCCCCGCCUGGGAUUAUAAUGCUGGGAUUUCCCUGUAGUGCUGGACGCGUGCCGAAGAUGUAUACGGAAAUAGUGUGGGUGUGCAUCCGUCGCCUAUUUCACGUCUCUUGUUGCCACAUGUUGCGUUGAGGUGUGCAAGUCGCCUUGCUCAGUGUUGUGCCUUACAUCGCAGUAUUAUUGAUCGCUACAUAUCACUGCCAUGUGUUGCAAACGACACUUGGGGCUUCGACAUUCGUUGGGAUCAAGCAAACAUCCUUUAGUGCCGGCUUCCCCCGUGCGAGAGACGGUGCAGGGCGAGGUAUGGAGCCGAGGGUUGAUGGUAACAACGCCGAGGGCUGGUUGUGGUCGAGGGAAGGGAGGUUGGUGCUAAGGGAGACGACUUGACGUACCAUUUCUCGGCGCCGCGUUUGCGUUUGUACGAUGCUUAAUUUGACUAGUUACAUUUAAAGUGUUUCAUACAGUGAUGAUGUUACUGAUGUAGCUGUAAUAAUUAGUCGAAAUAAAUUGCUAGUAUUUAA